AACCACUCACUUAGUGACUGGAUUCAGUAGUUUGGGAAAAGGCAUUUUUACAGAUAAAACAUUGGACAUAAUUGUGAACAACCUGUGAAUUUUCCAUUAGUUUAGCGGCAUAUUGGGAUAUUCAUUGAAAGCAGUUUGCGGCGCUAAAUAUCGAUUACAACAUUUAACAACGCAUGCGGCCGCAACAAUAGUGAUUGAUGUGUGUUUGUGAUUACUAAAUACAUCAUUUUAAUUUUUCUUCACAUCACUAGAAUUGUAUUUUUUACACAAUGAAGCAGCAGAAGAUUUCACUUCUGAAUUUUUAAGGGGCCGAUUUGUUAACAAAUUAUUGCUAUUUUUGUGAAAAGCUACAAGAAAAGAGUGUUGCGGUAAUUCAUUUCCGGCCACAUAAUGUCGGUACAUUAUAAAUUCAAAAGUACCCUGGACUAUGACACCAUUACAUUUGAUGGCCUGCAUAUAUCCGUGGCGGAUCUCAAAAAGGCCAUACUUCAACAAAAACGCUUGAGCAAAAUAACUGAUUUCGAUUUGCAAAUAAUCAAUGCACAAACAAAAGAAGAAUACCCCCAUGAUACAAGUCUCAUACCGAAAAAUACCUCCUUGAUUAUAUCUCGUGUGCCGCUAACAAAUCAGGCCAAGAAAUCUUGGGAUACCGCAAAUAAACCCAUACAGCCACGCAUUGUUCCUAAGCCGGUGGAAAAGACAGAUUUUGAUCUGUCGAAAAUGGAGGGUAGCGAAGAGGAGAAAAUCCAAGCCAUGAUGAUGCAAAGUACAGCCGAAUAUGACCCCAAAAGUUAUCAAAAAAUUCGUGGUUUCUCUCAAACGGGUGAGGUGCCACCCACUUAUCGCUGUAAUAAAUGUAAAAAAGGUGGCCAUUGGAUUAAAAAUUGCCCCUUUAAUAUAAGUAAGGAACACACUGAAGUGAAAAGGACAACAGGAAUACCCAAAUCCUUUAUUGACAAGGAUGAAAGAGCAUUGAUGAUUGAGAGCCAGGAACCAUUGCUGGAGGAGGAAAAGAAGCAAGAAAUACCUGAGGAUUUGGUGUGUGGUAUAUGUAAUGAUCUCUUUGUGGAUGCCGUCAUGAUACCCUGUUGUGGUAGUUCUUUUUGUGAUGACUGUGUGCGCACCGCUCUAUUGGAGUCCGAAGAUAACGAAUGCCCUGAUUGCAAGGAAAAAGGCAGCUCACCGGGUUCUCUAAUUCCCAAUCGUUUUCUACGGAAUUCGGUUAAUGCGUUUAAAAAUCGCACUGGCUACAAAGCCAGCAGUCAAACAAAAAAAGAAAUUAAAAUUGAUCCCCCACCACCAGCAGCAACAGCAGCAGCAGCAACCGAGGACGACAAUGAUAAUGUGGCGGAAGAAAAACCCCAAUUGGAUGUAAUUAAGAAAACAGAACCAAAAGAAGAGGCUAAGGAGCAACAACCAGAAGAAGAGGAACGAAGGGACAAUAAUGAGAUUACAAAAGCAGUUAGUGAUAACGAGCCAAAAGAGCUUGAUAUAAAAACAAAGGACGAGCAUGUUGAUGUGCCAAGCACAGAUGUAAAAGAAGAAAAGAACGAACAACACCAUCAUGUUGCCCCAACUCAUUCAAGUCCUGCUCAUGAAGAUUCUGAUUAUGAGGAUAAUAUUGUGGUUAAGGUACCAUCUGCUUCGGAUACUCGCACUGAAAAGUAUCUUAGCCGUCGUCAUGCAUCAUCGCAUCCAAAACCACCUGGCCUUGAGCCUCAUUCGCCGAAAAGUAAACCACAGUAUCCUCAACAGGAAAGUAAUUCUCAUCGUUCCCACGAUCGUCCAAGCUCAAAAGAUUGGGAUCGAUCACCCAGAGAUCAUGAGACUCCGACAACCGACCAUUAUGGCUAUGAAAAAAAUAGCCGACCGAUCUCAACAACUAAACCCCCUCUGGAAAAUAUCCCACCACCUGGUGCGGCACCAGGUUCGGUGCAAGUACCACCACUUUAUCCUCCCCAUCAAGGGGGCUAUGAUAUGCAACAACGUCCGAUUAGGCCCAUGAACAUGCAUGGAGGAUAUCACAAUCAUAUGCAUCGUCCACCGCUGUAUCCACAUCCGAAUAUGCCACCUCAUCCCCAUCCGCAAGUGGGGCCGCCACCAUUACGUAUGCCAAUUGCUGCAAUGGGCUCCUAUGAUCAACCACCCUACAAUCCCAUGGGCAACGUGGUACCAGGAUAUCAACGUUUUCCUACCGCUAAUAUGCCCAAUCGUUUCAAUUAUCCUGUAAGAGAACAUGAAAACCCAAAUCAAAUGCGCCCCUUUAAUAGCAUAGCAUCUGUGUAUGAAGUGGUACAAGCCAAGGUGGGAUCAGGGAUCAUUGAUGACCCCCUGGAGGCCUUUAAUCGCAUUAUGAAAGAAAAAGAGAAAAAGAAAACCGAAGACAGACGGUCGCCAGAUCGACGCCGCCGAUCGAAAGAGCGACACAUUAGAGGUAAUUUUCGCACAUCACCAUAUAAUAAUCGGAAUUCUAAGGACCAUGGAGGCGGCGGUGGUGGUGGUGGCAACAAUAAUAGUAGUGGCGGUGGAGGUGGUGGCUAUCAUGACAAAAGAGGUCGUUCCCGUGAUCGUGAUAAUGAUCGUCGUUGGCCACGCUAUGAAAAACCAGGAGAUAAGGAACGUGACCGAGAACGCGACAGAGACAGAGAAAGGGAAAGGGAACGUGAUCGCAACAAAGAUCAUCUCUAUAGGAACAGCAGACGUUCAAAGUCUUUGGAAAGAAAUUCAAGAUCGAGAUCACAUUCUCCCCCCAAUAAACGCUAUAGAUCUCCGUCUAAUCACAAGAGUCAUUUCAAUCAGGAUAAACAUCCCCAUCACUAUCAUCCCAAGUCACGGCCAGAGGAUCAUGAGGACACUAUGCACAGUAACAGACACAAACGUGAAGGCAGUCGGGGUCGUCAUAUCUCGAAACCAUUUGAACCCAAGGGCAUGCUCAAUGAUGAUAGAAUGGGGGAUAUGAGGAAACACUAUAACAUGAAUGAUGAAAACUCAGAACCACCGCCACCUGGCUUUGAGAUACAAACCUCACGUAAUCCAUUCCAUAGCAACAUUUCAGCAUCACCGUCAACAAAUCUGCGCGAAAUUCGUCGUAAUCCCACACCAGAUCUAUAUGAAAAAUGUGUCUCGCAGGAUUUGGAGGAGAAUAAACUGUAUAGCAGCAACACGGGAAAUCGAUCCGAAAGAGAUUUACGAUCGCGCUCACGAUCAAGAACCAGAUCAAGGUCUCGUUCAAGUGUUCGAGCCGCAGAGAAACGACGUAAAAUGCAAAGGAGUACCACACCGAAAGGUAAGCCGGCAUCAUCGACAUCCGAUCACCAUCAUAAGAAGGAUAAAGAAAGGGGCUCAUCAUCACAUCGUAAACACAAAAGUGUUGAUCGAUAUCAUCCUCAAAAGGAUAAGGAGUAUCAUGAUCAUGAUUUUGAUUCGAAAAGACGUAGUAUGACGCCGCCACGGCAAAAGGAAUCAUCGAGCAAUGUCAAUGAACAUAAAAUUGUUAGUGGUGGCGAACAUCCAUCUUCUCCCGAGGAGAAAUCAGAAAAGAAAUCGGAAAAGAAACUCAAGGAACGCAAGAAGAAACGUAAAGACAAAAGUGAAAAGAAAAAGGUUAAAAAAGAAAAGAAGUCCAAAAAGGAGAGACAUAGAAACAAGUCGGAAGAUCGUCAUAAUGAUGAUGCAGCUAACGAGGAAGAAGACGAAGAAGAUCAGCAGCAGCGGCGUGACGAAGAACACCAAGGUGAACACGACGACCAGCAACGUGGUGGUCAUGCUAAAGAAGCAAAUGACUCCAAGAAUAGCAAUGAGGAAUUGAAAUCAUCCGACAAGGAAUUCCAUUUGUAUGACGACCUAGAGGAAGAAGGAGAAUAUAGGAGUGUGGAAAAGGAACUGCAGCCCAAUUCCACACCGAAAAAUAACAACACAGCAAGUCCCCCGCCCAGAAUGGAAGUUGUAACACCCAAACAGAUGAAAUCUCUUGAUUAUGGCGACAAGACACCACCCUCCUCGGAUAUUAAGUGCUUUGAUGCAGUUCUGGACAUCCAUGAAUAUGAAACCGAUUUUGAUGAGAGUUUUAAAUACCAGGACAGUGGCAACAAUAAAUUAGUGGCCCCCGAAACUUCAAAAUGGGAAUUAGAUGACAAUCUUAAUAGCAUGGGUGGUGCUGCGGGUGGUGGGCCUGACCAUAUGGGUGAGGAUAAAAAUGAUGACAACUAUGCCCACAACAACAACAACAAUGGAGAUAGCAAGGUGACCAAUGAGGUAAUUGUGCGGGCUGAAAAGGCGAUUUUUGCCAGGGCUAUCAAUGCCAUUCGGCCGAUUGAGUUACACAAGAAAUCCUCGUCAAAGGAGAGAUCUUCGUCAUCCAAAAACUAUCCUGAUGAUCAUGAUAAUAUAAGGAAUAUUAAAAUAACUUUGCCCGUUAAUAUUAGUAACGAACGUUCGGUGGAAGUGAGAGGUGGUGGAGGUGGGUCCGAAGGAUCUGGUGAAAAGAAAAAAUCCAUCAAGGAUAGAUUGGGCAGUAAGGUGCAACAACCUCCAAGCUAUGAACACAAUGAUCGCCACAGUAGACGUGGGCUGAGUGAGAGCAAAUCCUCAAAAAAGCUGGGCGAUAAUGAGAAAAAUAGUCGAGAACGUGACAGAGAAGCAGGAAGAGGUGAUAGAGACCGUGAACGAAGAGACCGGGAACGCGAGAGGGAAAGGGAGAAAGAGCGAGAGCGUGAAAGAGACAGAGAAAAGGAUAGAGAACGUGAACGUGAACGAGAGCGAGAAAGGGACAAGGAGCGUGAAAGGGAGAGGGAACGCGAAAGAGAAAAAGAAAAGGAGCGGGAAAGGGAGAAAGAACGCAACAAGGAAAGAGAGCGUUUGAAGCAACGUGACAGCGGCGGCAGAGAUCGCGAAAGAGAACGUGACAGGGACCGAGAACGGGAACGAAAUCACGAUUACGACAAAGAUCAGCAGCGUAACAAAGAUUGUAAACCAAAAGAAAAGUCUGACAAAAAUCAUCACCCGCAACGUGACAACGAUGGUCCGGCAAUGUCGUCUCAGAAACGACAUCAUCACUCUCCUGUGUCACGCAAACGUAGUCCAUCUACAUCAUCCUCGGACUCCGAAGACAGUGAUGUUGAACGCAAGCGCAAACAUGCCAAGACAGAUAAAAAAUCCCGCAAACGUUCCGAAUCACCGGACAGCGAUAGUAAACGGUCUAGCAAAAAGAAAGCCAAAUCGGACAAGAAAAAGAAGAAGAAGAGUAAAAAAUAAAACAUAACUGUACUAAUUGUAAAAA